AUGGCAUAUUGUAUGGAUACUCUAAAUAUUCCCAACACCAUCUCCGUGGAUGAGUCGUACGGGCGCGUCCAAUUUGGAUUAGAUGAUGAAAAUGAUGCAACCUCGGUAUAUUCGAUAACCUCCUCUGCUUACAACUUUAGGAUGGAACAUGGCCGUCGAUUCCAUGACUAUAAAGCUGGCCACCCCUUUCCGUACGAUGAAGUUUCGGAAGAAAACGAGAUCAUAAUGCAUUGCAUGAUGCUACUGCUUCUUGACAACAAAGACUACCUAUCUCCGAUUCCCGAAUCAUCUCUCCGUUGCGUUGCCGACGUAGGAUCAGGAUUAGGUCUAUGGACCGAAGGGGUUGCCGAGCGGUAUCCAGAUACUCAGGUGGUGGGAAUCGACAUGACUCCCCACGAACGGUCUCUUCACCCAAACUGCUCCUAUAUUAUAUCGGAUGCAACUGAAGAAUGGAUACUGGAUGAUCCUUCGAUGAAAUUCGAUCUGGUUCAUAUCAGAUCACUAUUUGGAGUAAAGGACUGGCCUGCGUUGUACACGCAAUGCUUCAAUAACAUGAGCUCUGGUGGAUGGAUCGAGCAGAUUGAAGUCGAAAUUAACGCUCUGUCCGACGACUGCUCCACCCUCUCAAAUAGUAAAGUCAAGGAGCUCUGUGUAUUCACCAAGCAAAUGGGAAUAGCCUCCGGCCGAGACCUUGAAAUUUCCAAAAGUAUGAAGGAAUUGAUGGAGCAAGCCGGUUUCGUCAAUGUCCAGGAGCGAAAACUCAAGCUACCGCUGGGGUCGUGGGCUACCGACCCAAAACUAAAAGAUAUCGGAAGAUUUUACGAGCGAUUCUACAAGACCGGCCUCCAAGGAUGGUUACUGCAGAUUUGCACUCGGACUUUGGGCGUAAGUGGGCAAAGCUCAGAUGAAGGCAUUCGAUCUCUAACUUUUGUGCCAUUAGUGGUCUGCGGAGCAAGUCAAUCAGGCGUGCAUCGAAGCUUUUCAAGAGAUCAACAGUCGUCAACACCACAUAUAUUAUCCUUUGUAAGUCCAUGCUCAACAUGGAAGGCUCUUCCCAUAUUCGAAAAGUACUCAUCUCAUUCACCAGGGUCCUUGUCAUUGGGCAAAAACCUUGACCCUCCAGAACCUACUGAUCAGUCACUCACAUUGGAACAUUAUUCUUCAGACGUUCGCUCACAGCCAUGGCUGCCUACAAGGCGACAUACACGAAGCGACAAGUAUAAACUGCUUAUCAAAGUCUUCGGUCGUGGCGGGCUAGCGGAGGAAAUUGGCAAAUUCUUCGAGAAGAUUGCCCUCUCCGAGCUACGAGUACUAAUGAGGUCAUCGUGGUCAUCAUGA